AUGGGGGCAGUCAUACUUGGAUCGGGCAUUAUAGGACUCUCAACAGCCUACUACCUAUCCCGCACCCAGGCGGGCAAGACCAUCCAUCUCGUCGACUCGUCGCCGGAGUUAUUCGCAUCGGCCUCGGGAUACGCAGGCGGAUUCGUGGCGCGCGACUGGUUCGCCUCGAGUGUCGCUUCCCUGGGACAGUUGAGUUUCGAUGAGCACAGGCGUCUGGCCGAGGACCACGGAGGCAGAGAGAAAUGGGGGUACUCUAGGACUGUGACGAUGAGCCAUGACGCAAGAGGUCAGGAGGAUUGGCUCUCCGCAGAGGGGAGCAGAGCUGCUUCUGCAACUGCAGGGGCAGUGUCGCACGGCGUCGCACCAAGGUGGUUGAAGACCGGUGCAGAUGUGAGCAUCAUGGACGAUGGUGAAGGGACAUCCAUUGUUGACCCCCUGAAGUUAUGCCAUUUCCUUCUGGAGGAGUGUAAGAAGUCAGGCGUAAAAAUACACUACCCCGCUACAGCUCUCGGCAUCGCCACCGACAUGAGAGACGAGCUGGCAUCUGUACGAAUAGGCUAUACUGAGUCCGUGAUAUACCUCGCAGGUGUCAACUCGGCUGCCAUACCACUGCCGCCGCUGGCAACCGGGUCCAAGACCGUUGAGGCGUCGGUUGACAAGCUCAAGGAUGUCGCGAGGCAGCUCAUUGCUAUUGAGGAGGGCGACGAUCUCGAGGUUGUCCGCACCGGACUGUGUUUCCGGCCAAUUACCCCCACUGGCACACCUAUCCUGGAUAAAAUCCCUGAUGAGCAUCUCGGAAAGGGGAUCGAGACGCGAUCUGGAAGUGACGGGGGUGUCUUUGUCGCUGUUGGACAUGGACCGUGGGGUAUAAGUCUGAGCCUAGGGACAGGAAAGGUCAUGGCUGAAAUGAUGCAGGGCAAGGAGCUGAGCGCUGAUAUCACCAAACUUGGCUUAUAA